AUGUGGGCGCUGCUGAUGACCCUGGCGGGGCUCGUCGCGAACGGCGGCGGCGCCUCCUUCAGCCCCAACAGGGAACUCCUAGAGUGUGCGAGCCAGAUACUCUACAUGGACCAAUAUGCGUAUCAGCUUCCUACCAACUACAGCAGAAACAUUCCGCCUGGCAAAAACACUACAGUGUAUAUAGGAAUAAACGUGAACAGAGUUUCUGGUGUUGACGAGAACAGAGAGGAAAUAACACUAGAUGUAUUCCUCCAAGUUUCGUGGGAAGAGAUGAGGCUAAACGUACCACCUGGUAUGCCCUUCAUAGACUUACCCUGGGAGUUCAGGCAGUUGAUCUGGACCCCGGACCUGUACAUAUGGCAACUUCAGACCAUGAGGAUAUUGUCUGUGCUGCAGGAAAUGGCUUCGUUGCGGCUUUAUGCCAACCGCACCGUGUCAGUCAGUAUUGGUGCUACAAUAACGAUAAAGUGUGAGAUGGACUUCGUACUCUAUCCGUUAGAUGUGCAAAACUGCGCUAUAGACUUCAGUAGCUACACAUUUACAGAUAAAUACACGACAGAGGACGUCCGCUUCGAGUGGAGGGAGGUGGCGCCAUGGUUCGGGAUCGCUGGUGAGCAGCGUCACGAGUUCCGUCUCCCGAAGUACGUGGUGACCUUCGUCACGGACAAAAGUAAUCAUAUUCGAAAUUUUGGUGAAGGUGAACAUUCAGCUGCGCGGCUGCAAAUCAAACUGUCAAGGGAACUCCGAGGCUACCUGCUCGAAAGCUAUCUACCCUCAUCGCUGUUUGUAAUCAUAUCAUGGGGUAGUUUCUGCGUGAUACCGGAAAUAGUGCCAGGUCGUAUGGUACUAUUGGUUACUACACUAUUAUCUCUCGUCACCAUGUUUGAUACUGUGAGUACGAACUCGCCAGAUGCACUAGAAUUAAAAUGCAUCGAAGUCUGGCUGAUCUCAUGCACUCUCUUUGUAUUCCUUGCCCUCUUGGAAUACUUUGUGGUCCUCUUCGGGAUCCGAUAUGAUAAAAGUUGGAGCAAGCGACGGCAGGACCUGCGCCGUGCUGCUUCUGCAGCACAAUUAGCACCGCCCUUACACAUGAACCAUUCACAAAGGUUAAGUACCCCCGUGACUGGUACACCCCAAGGCGGCGUCUUCUCACCCCAACUAAGUGUCGAAGACGAGGGCCUCAAACAACAGUUCUCUCAUCAGACUAUUCAGAGGGAUUCACCCAUUUUGGAGGCUAUGGCGUCGUCUGGGGUUGCAAGUGGGUUUUGGGCGCGGGUUUGCUCGUUCACCGACAAAGGUGUCAUGUUUUGUGGUGCCCAGCACGGGGCACUAGACAGAUACGCCCUCUUCGUGUUCCCCAUGUGCUUCAUACUCUUCACGGUGAUCUACUGGACCACCUACCUCAGCGAGGCCCACCGAGCGAUGCACAGCGCGCACCACGGGUGA